GCCACCGACUUCUUCCUCCUUUGAAAACUGGUAGAAGACUUGAAAUUUCUUCUUUCCUUCUUGUUCAAGAACUGAUUUUGGGGCUUAGAACUCUCAUUAAACCCAGAAUUUUCCCCAGAUCUGCUCGGUCUCUUCCUCCCCUGUCCAUCGGGUUCUGCUGGGUGUGGAUCCUUCGGCUUUUCUGGUCAGCCACAGCCAUGAAUUCAUCUCUUUAGCUUUGAAUUUGGCUUGGGUUUACCUUGAAUUGUGUUUUGGUUUUUGGAUUGGGUAGCCGCGAGUUUCCUUGCAGAAUUUCUUCUUCUCUGCCGCCGGCUUCUCCCCCCCUGCUAAGCUCGGUUUUGCUUGCUAAAUUCUGGUUUUGAUCGUUCUGUCACUGUAGCACUUGGGUUAGCCUUCUGUUCUGUGCGAGUAAGCAUCUGAAUGUGAUUAAACUGAAAUGGAAAUUGUGAUGGUUUUUAUGAGAAUUUAACUGUUUUUCUGGAAUUGAGCAUGAUUGGAAUGAAAAUGGGAAUUUCAUUGUUUUCUGGAAUUGAGCAUGAUUGGAAUGAAAUUGUUUUCAUUGCGUUGAGAAGCGAUAUUGAGGACGGGGAAACUAAGGGAAGUGACGAGUUAGAAGGCUAGCCAUUUCGAGAUUGACAUAGAUUUAGAAAUAAGUCAUGAUCCUGUAAGCUAGAGUGUAUUUGGAGAUUUUAUGAUAUCAGAGUAGAUUGUAAAAAUUUUAUCUUGAGAUUUGGUGGUAUCAGAUUGUGGAUUGGAUAAGUUCCGAGCCUUGUGUAUUUGUGGGAUCCUCUCACGAGUGCACGGCGUCUCUGGAUUUGGGUUCUGGGGCGUGACAAAAUAUAUAAAAAAUUUAUCC